AAAAAAUGCAGCGUCGCCUUUUGGCACGCUUUCGCUUCCGAAGUCUGGUCCGGAUGGUGAUUUGCAACAAUUACUGGUUGUCGGAAAUCGAGGACCAGGAGUUCGGGGAUAAUGCCCGCCGGAACAUUGCCAUCAUUGUCCGACGCAAAAGCCGCAAGGGAUUGCUGUCCAUAUUAGAGAAAAUCAUCCUCAAUCAACCGGUGCGUAACCGAACCGAGGAACAGAAAGCCAAGCUGGCGGGAGUUUUCCGCAAGAUGAAAUGUUUUUCCCGAUUCUCGCUGGCAGCGCGUGAACAGUUGGCCAAUUAUGCUCGCUUUCACUACUACAGUGCCGGUCGUACGGUUCUGCGGGAAGGAAACGAAGCAUUUGCGGUCUAUUUUGUUCUGAAUGGGGAAAUCACCGUCAGCCGGUUGCAGUGGGAUCCGGUUUACAAACAACACGUCGAUGUACCGUGCGGCGUUCGCGUGCCGGGGGAUAUGUUUGGUGAAAUUGCGUUCCUCUACGAUUGCUCACGAACUGCGACCUGCACCACUGCAACCGAUUGUGAGUUGCUGUCUGUUUCCCGAGAGGAUUUCAAGCGGUUGCUGGAACCAACCCUGAGGCUGCAAUGGGACCGGAUGCAGGAAGCGAUCCGUCGCUUCCAGUACUUUGACCACUGGACCGAGGAUCAGAUCCGCGAGUGCUGCAUCCUAGCCAAGGUGGCACACUACGAACCGCAGCAGCAGAUUGCCGUUCCGGAGAUGGGUAAUGAUCUGGAAUAUGCGUACUUUGUUCUCACCGGCCAGUGCAUGAUUCUGCAGGGUUUGAAAGUGAUGAAGAAAAUGCGUGGCAAGCGGAAAUGCUACCAUCUACUGCCAGCCGAAUCCGAGGAGCGAAAGGUUCGCAUCGCUGAAGGUGCGUUGAAAAGCAAAGAUUCCCAAGUUCUGGAAUCGGUGCUUCCGCCAAGCUUGAUGGCUUCGCUGUCUCGGCUGAGUUUGGCUGGAUCUCGAAUGAAUUUGUUGCAGAACGGUGGACGAGAGGAGGAAGAAUUUGAAGAUCCGGUUGCUGUCGUACAGCUACCAACCGCCGAGGAACAACUGGAGCACCACUUUCUGGACGUUGGAUCCUUCAGCUGCGGGUCGGUAUUCGGCCUGGGAGAACGCAUGCAGGAUCGUUCCAUCGUGGCCCGGAGUCAAGUCCAGUGCAUGCUGAUUCCCCGUUAUUGGCUGUUUAUGAAGCAUCAAAAUACCGGAAACGUUUGGCAACGUGUCAAGAUGUAUCUGGAACUGGCGAUUCCCAGCCGGGAGCAACUGUUCAAGCAAUUUCUGGACGAUCUUAAUUGGAUGGCCUACCGGAGGAAGGUGGUCGGUGAGAUUAUUCAACGGCGCGGUCGUCAGAACCAUACCCGCUUGGCGGACGUCCCGAUCGUGUGCCGCGUGGAGCAAGCCGACGUCGGCCAGCGCAAGUGAUUUAUUUUGUGAGCUUUAUUCAAGCAAAAGCGAAAAUUAUGCAAGUGACAUUUGUUGUUGAAUAUGGAGAGGGGAAAUACAAAUACGAUCUUUGGCUAAUUAUUGUUUAUUUUGGAUGUUUGCGCCGCCCCUUGAAUGUGCUAUGAUGAACAAUGUUUGGAGCUGUCUAAGUAUACAUAAGCGAUCGUGCGUGUGCAAAUGAUUAAAAGGCCUUUCAAAAGGUGCUUCAAAGCAGCCAGAAGUCCGUAGAAGGAAGCUAGGUAGUAGUAGUUGAGGGGCGAUUUAUGAUGGCAAAGAAGAGACGCAUCGUUAUCGGUUGCAUCAUAAUGCCGUGGUUGUGGAGAAGCGCGCUUCAUUUGCUGACCUUCGGUGAGAUGCGGGUUAGAGCAUCACGUCAAGUUGAAUUAUGUCAAUAUUUGUGGCUGGGCAGCAGCGAGCUUGU